AUGGCAAAGGGCAGCGGAUACGACCAAGUACGACAAAUUGACAGCAAGGACUAUGCAAAGACUGUCAACGCUCGUCUUGACAGUAUACGCUCACACUUCACUCAGGCGCCGAGAGCAGGGAAGCUAAACAACAAAGUAUGCAUCAUCACCGGGGUCGGGUCGCUGAAGGGUAUUGGACGGGCCUCGGCGCUGUUGUUCGCGCACGAAGGCGCCAAGCAUCUCUACCUCAUCGACUUUGAUCCUACCAACCUUUCUAAUCUCAAGGAAACGAUUGAGACAAAGUAUCCAGACGUCAAGGCUACGACAUUGCAAGCGGAUGCCUCAGACGAAGCUGCGAUUUUAGGCGUGUGCAAUCAAGCAUUGGAAGAGGAAGGCCGCUUGGACGUGUUUUUCGCAAAUGCAGGCAUCGCAUCCAUGAAACAUGUCUCCCAGAUAACCACCGAGGAUUUCAUGAAUACCAUCAAAGUCAACUCACUCUCAUGCUUUUUGGCAGUCAAGUAUGCUUCCGCCGCAAUGAAGAAGACCAAUCCAUCCAAAGGCAAACAGGUGAGCUCAGGGAGCAUCAUUCUCACCGCAUCCGUUGCUGGUAUACGCUCCGGUGCUGGUCCCGUGGAUUACAGCGCCAGCAAGGCUGCUGUCAACUCUAUCGCCAAGACUUCGUCCUAUCAGCUCCAAAAAACAGAUAUCCGAGUAAAUUCCGUAUGCCCCGGUCUCAUUGAGACUGCGAUGACGACCACGACUUUCGAUUUUGCGAGGGGCAAAGGCACUGAUAGUAAGCUGGGACAACUUAGUGCGCUUGGUCGCUAUGCUAUCGCCGAAGAAAUCGCACCAUUGGCUGUGUAUCUUGCUUCAGACGACUCCAGCUAUGUUAAUGGACAAAAUAUAGCCAUCGACGGGGGUCUUUCGGCAUCGGUUCCUGUCGUUCCGGGACGAUGGACGUAGUAGGAUGGUAUUUGGUAUUUAUGACUUCAUACAUACAAUACGCUCUAGUGUGCGAUAUCGGUCGAUACCGCAGUCGGCUGGUCUACAUGCAACGCGCAGGAGUAGUCGUUUUUUUUUUCCACCUACAUCAUGAUGAAUGUUGCUGUAGUAUUGUCCAAAUUCUGUCUUCAAGAGAACGCAGAACAGCUGAU